GCGGCCAUCUUGGAUCCUCCAGCCCGGAGCGGGCGGCGCUGAGCGGCGGAGUGGGGGCGGGGGCUGCAGGCUGCCGGAGCCGGCCCGCGGGGCUCCUGACACCCGGCUCGGAAGGCGCAGGGGAAGCCGGGUGGGGGAGGCCCGGCAUGCGAGCGGAGGCCCGGUGAAGCGGGGCUGGGGGGAGAAAGGAGGGGGAAGCGCUUCGGAGCGGGCCUGCCUGGCUGCCAGUGCUCGGAGCUGGCUGCGGAGCGGCGGCUUGUUUUCCCGGCCCGGCUCUGCAGCGCCCCGCUGCCUUCUCCGGGCCGCCUCCUCGCCCCCCUCAGCCCGCUGCGCUCUGCAAGGAUCCCCGCACCAGCCCCCCCUCUGCGCGCUGGGCUCCUAAGCUGGCUGUAGGAUGAGCCCGGAGGACUCCCCGGGGGAGACGCUGCUCCAUCGCCAGGCUGGAAUAUAGCUCAGAAGUGGGGUGGCGGCGGUGGAAAUAAGCGGCCCCCCCCACCCCCCUCCCUUUGAUGGUGGCCUUUCGUAACCACUGUCUCGCAGCAGAGUGACGGGCGUUCUUGGGGGGGGGGUGGUCGGUUUUUGCUGGGGGCGGGGGGGGGGUGUUUUGUUUUGCUGUGGCAAGCAGCCAGUGGCUCCGGCACAAGCGAAUUAAAAUGUCCACUAGAACUCCCUUGCCUACGGUGAAUGAACGCGACACCGAGAAUGAUGUCGUCUCUUCACUGGGGGAAGGCUUUUGUGAAAAGCACACCUCUCAUGGAGAAGGACGUCAAGAAGUUUCCUCACGAACUGGGCGCUCUGGAGCUCGCUGUAGAAAUUCUAUAGCUUCCUGUGCAGAUGAGCAACCUCAUAUUGGAAAUUACAGACUUCUUAAAACGAUUGGAAAGGGGAAUUUUGCAAAAGUAAAGUUGGCUAGACACAUCCUUACUGGCAGAGAGGUUGCAAUAAAAAUAAUUGACAAAACACAAUUGAACCCAACUAGUCUUCAAAAGCUUUUCAGAGAAGUAAGAAUAAUGAAGAUUUUAAAUCAUCCAAAUAUAGUGAAGUUAUUUGAAGUAAUUGAAACUGAAAAAACUCUCUACUUAAUCAUGGAGUAUGCAAGUGGGGGUGAAGUAUUUGAUUAUCUGGUUGCACAUGGAAGAAUGAAGGAAAAGGAAGCAAGAGCUAAAUUUAGACAGAUAGUAUCUGCAGUGCAGUACUGCCAUCAAAAACAUAUUGUUCAUAGAGAUCUCAAGGCUGAAAAUCUAUUGCUAGAUGCAGAUAUGAACAUUAAAAUAGCAGACUUUGGUUUUAGCAAUGAAUUUACAGUUGGAAAUAAACUGGACACAUUUUGUGGCAGCCCACCAUAUGCUGCUCCAGAGCUCUUCCAAGGCAAGAAAUAUGAUGGACCUGAAGUAGAUGUUUGGAGUUUAGGUGUUAUUCUUUACACUCUUGUUAGUGGAUCUCUUCCUUUUGAUGGACAGAACUUAAAGGAACUGAGAGAAAGAGUACUAAGGGGAAAAUACAGGAUCCCUUUCUACAUGUCAACAGACUGUGAAAACCUCCUCAAACGUUUUCUGGUGCUAAACCCAACUAAAAGAGGCACUCUAGAGCAAAUCAUGAAGGACCGGUGGAUCAAUGCAGGGCAUGAAGAUGAUGAGCUAAAACCUUUUGUUGAACCAGAGCUAGACAUCUCAGACCAGAAGAGAAUAGAUAUUAUGGUUGGAAUGGGAUACUCUCAAGAAGAAAUUCAAGAAUCCCUUAGUAAAAUGAAGUAUGAUGAAAUCACAGCUACAUACUUAUUGUUAGGGAGAAAAUCAUCAGAGUUGGAUGCUAGUGAUUCAAGCUCCAGCAGCAAUCUUUCCCUUGCUAAAGUUAGGCCAAGUAGUGAUCUCAACAACAGCACUGGACAAUCGCCUCAUCACAAAGUGCAGAGAAGCAUAUCUUCCAGCCAAAAACAGCGACGGUACAGCGAUCAUGCUGGACCAUCUAUCCCUCCGGUAGUGGCGUAUCCAAAAAGAAGCCAGACUAGCACUACAGACAGUGACCUGAAAGAAGAUGGAAUUCAGACAAGGAAAUCUAGCAGUAGUGCUGCUGGGGGAAGAGGAAUUGCUCCAGCUAGCCCUAUGCUUGGAAAUGCUAACAAUCCAAAUAAGGCUGAUAUUCCUGAACGUAAGAAAAGUUCUGCUGUCCCCAGUAAUAAUACUGCAUCUGGGGCAAUGACACGCCGCAAUACAUACGUUUGUAGCGAGAGAACCACUGCAGAUAGACAUUCAGUAAUCCAAAAUGGCAAGGAGAACAGCCUGACAGAAAUGUUCGCUUAUGCAGCUAGCCCUGCUUCAGUUUGUACCACUUCCUCCUCCAGCAUUCGGCUGCGACAUCAGAAGUCGAUGUCCGUGUCAGUCUCUGUGCACACGAAGAUGAUGUUACCUCCAAUAAACAAUGACACAGAUAACUUCAAGCUUAUUACUGUUUCUGAUCAAAGAACUCCUGUCGCUUCAACUCAUAGCAUUAGCAGUGCAACUACACCUGAUCGCAUUCGUUUCCCAAGAGGAACUGCCAGUCGUAGCACUUUUCAUGGUCAACUAAGAGAGCGACGUACUGCUACAUACAAUGGACCACCUGCCUCACCCAGUCUAUCCCAUGAAGCAACACCACUUUCACAGACUCGGAGCAGGGGCUCCACUAAUCUUUUUAGUAAAUUAACUUCAAAACUAACAAGAAGAAACAUGUCAUUCAGGUUUAUCAAAAGGCUCCCGACUGAAUAUGAGAGGAACGGGAGAUAUGAGGGCUCAAGUCGCAAUGUAGCUGUGGAUCAGAAGGAUGAAAACAAGGAAGCCAAGCCCCGCUCACUGAGGUUUACUUGGAGCAUGAAAACUACCAGUUCCAUGGAUCCUAAUGAUAUGAUGAGGGAAAUUCGUAAAGUCUUGGAUGCCAAUAAUUGUGACUAUGAACAAAGAGAGCGUUUCUUGCUUUUCUGUGUCCAUGGCGAGGGACAUGCGGAAAAUCUUGUCCAGUGGGAGAUGGAGGUGUGUAAACUGCCAAGACUGUCACUGAAUGGAGUCCGCUUUAAGCGGAUAUCGGGAACAUCCAUAGCAUUUAAAAACAUUGCUUCCAAAAUUGCCAAUGAAUUAAAGCUGUAAGAAAAAGUAAUUAAGUUGUAAAUUAAGUAGCAAUUUCAAGUGUUUUUGAGAACACCGAUGGAAAUGUAUAGAAUAAUAUUUAGGCAAUAAUUUCUGCAUCUUUUGAAUCAUGAUAUUAAAAAAAAAAAAUUGAAACAAGCUGCUGAGCUGGGAGGGAGAGUUUUUUUAUAAGUGCACUACAGCAUUAAAGUUGCCUACUAUGUAAAA